AUGGCCGCCGUUCAAUCGAUACUGGCGGAAACACUUCCCGGACCGACGCCCUCAAUUGCCUUGAAUGGCGCCACCGAACCAACCACUAUGCACAUCGACCAGUCGAGUUCGAGUCCAGUAAUGGUCAACGAGAGCACGUUCGGAAGUACACCGGCAAAGGGGGACUCUAGAAUCGUCGUCAUUGUGUAUGGGCCAGGCCAAGAACACAUUGUCUCGGUCUUCGCAGAGGUGCUGGGUACACCAUGCAGAACACGGAAUGGGUUCGAGGAGGUUUCGUCAGAGGAUUCUGGUUUCGUCGUAGGAGUCGCAGCCAACGAAGCGAAGGGAGACGUUGCUGCACGCAAUCGUAAUCUCGUCGUUGCAAUAAAUACUCACUGUGUGAAUCUAGGGAUGCCUCCCGACACCCAACUUUCCACCCAUUGCGACUACGAAUUCCUCUACACCGAAUCCUCGUUCUUCCGUCGUGAUCUGGCUAGAUUUAUUUCAUUUACUUUGGGUCAGAUCAACUACCACGAAGCUCUCAUGGCAAAGCCAAGAACCUAUUUCAUCUCCACCACCUUCCCGGAUGUCCACGCUGCUCUGCCUAAUAUCGAUAUCCUAACUGUUGGCGCUGAUGCAGUUGAGAUCAGAGUUGAUUUACUUAGAGAACCUCUUGGCGAUGGCAGCUAUUCGGAAGUCCCUAGUCUCAGCUAUGUUGGAGAACAGCUCAUGCUCCUCCGCCAGCGGACAGAGCUUCCCAUUAUCUUCACAACACGAUGUGUAAGAGAGAAUGGGAGGUUCCCCAUGGACAAACCUGAACUGUACUACGAAUACCUCUACCGUGCGAUCCAGUGGGGUGUAGAAUACAUCGAUGUAGAACUUUGGCUUCCAGAAGAGAUCCGCAAGAAGCUCCAUGAGCAGCGGGGAAACUCUCGCAUCAUGUCGGCGUUCCACGACUUUUCAGGCAAUUUCAGAUGGCCGUCGACGUAUGCUCAGGAGGUGUUCCAAAGAUCUAUCCCCUACGCGGAUAUCAUCAAAAUGAUUGCUAUAAUCAACGAACACAACGAGAACUUCGAGCUAGAGUAUUUCCGUUCCAAGAUGCGUUCCGAGUACCCCAAUGCGCCACCCUUCUCCGCCGUCAACAUGGGUGAAGUCGGUCAGUUCUCAAGGACUCUGAACCCUGUCUUCACACCUAUUACCCACCCACUUCUUCCUCUCAUCGCUGCUCCCGGGCAAUUGAGCGCUGCCGAGAUCAAUGCUGCUUUAUCACUUCUGGGUCAACUACCAAGAAAGCGCAUCUAUGGCAUUAACAGCUCGUCGUCUCGAAACGCCACACCGCAGGCUCCCUUCUAUGAAAAGUGUAUAAACGAACUGGGUCUUCCUCAUCAAUUUGCAGUUGUCGAAAGACAUCCAAACAACCCAAGGAGUUUGGAGACAUGGUGUAAUCAGAAACAUUUCGGAGGCGCCUAUCUCAACCCGGGUCUACCGCAUAAUGCAUUGACAAAGAUUAGCCCGUUCUUCGCUGGGUUGAACGGUGGCAACGGGCCAAUCUUGACGGAGGCGGCUCGCGUUAUCGGAGUUGUUGACACCAUCGUGGUCCAGUCAGGUACCUCGUCCAGAUCGUCGUCUCCGGGUUCAAUGCCAUCAAGCCCACGACAACGACAGAGCGACUCGGUUGAUCUCGGCAGUCAGUCUGGUCUAGGCUCGUCGACCUCCCUUGUAUUCGACAAUGCUGGAUGGAAGGGUAUUCUCAGCACACUUACAAGAGACCUCGCGCCAUCUGCGUACUUCGGCCGCUCAGCCGUUGUCAUGGCAUCUUCUUCAGAUGAUGCAGCUCCUGUAUUCUUCGCCAUGAGAGCUCUCAAGAUCUCUAAGAUCUAUACUGUUGGCUUCCGUACACCUAGUAAUCUUGCUCGAAAUGCGCCUCCCAUCGAACCGUUUAUCAGCCUCGAAAGUCUGCAACGCGCACGCUCAGUGGAAAAUGAUAGUGCACCUUUUGUCAUCGUGUCAGCUCUUGGUUCGGAAAAGAGUCAUCUGGUUGGUAUGUUGUUACGAGCCUUUGGAGGAGUCGGACCCAAGGCAGCAACCAACACGAAGAAGGUGUUUCUUGACCUAGCAGACGGCGCUAUCAGGAAGAGUUCUGACCCAGGGCUCAUCGCUGAGAAGAACGGAUUCGCUGCCUAUGGAGCGGACGAUGUCGCAGCAUUCACAACGGUCGAAAGCUUGAGGUUACUCGUGGGGCAAAAUGUGCCCUAUAGCUUUGUUAGACUGGCAAGCGGAAGUCAUCGCUACGGCGUUUGA